UUUUACCCCAUGAGUGAGUGCGUGCGUGCGAGAAAAAGGGAGGAGAGUGAUAAAUAAAAUGCUAUAAAUACACCCAAAUUACGCCUUUGUCGAUCUCAAAAGAUGUUUGCGGUGGAGAAUGGGUUGCAGGGAGACCCGAGACUACAGGCCAUCUCCGACGCCAUUCGAGUCAUCCCUCACUUCCCCAAGACUGGAAUCAUGUUUCAGGACAUAACGACGCUGUUGCUGGAUCCACUUGCCUUCAAACAUGUCGUUGAUAUCUUCGUCGAUCGUUACAAGCACAUGAACAUCUCCCUCGUUGCCGGCGUAGAGGCGAGAGGAUUCAUAUUUGGACCGUCCAUCGCAUUAGCCAUAGGGGCCAAGUUCGUUCCCCUGCGUAAACCGGGAAAAUUACCUGGGAGAGUGAUAAGCGAGGAGUACGAGCUUGAGUAUGGAAGUGAUCGCCUAGAGAUGAGUAUGGAGGCUGUCAAAUCCCACGAACGAGCUCUCGUCAUCGACGAUUUAGUUGCAACUGGUGGAACACUCUCCGCUUCCAUUAACCUCUUGGAGCGCGCUGGAGCCGAAGUUGUGGAAUGUGCCUGCGUUGUUGGUUUGUCUAAAUUCAAGGGGCAGUGUAGGCUGAAUGGAAAACCGUUGUACGUUCUGGUGGAACCUAGCCACUUAGAUGAUUUACCUAUUGAAUCCAUAUCUCCAAGUUCGAACUAGAUGUAAUAUUAAUGACUAUGAUAAUAAUAUAAUUAACCGGUUUCAUCGAUUUUAUAUGUAAUCGGUAUGAAAUGAUUCACCAAGCUAGUAACAAACUACUCUACAUAUGUUACCUAGAUCGCCAUUGUUCAAAGCUUGCUGUCUCAGCAUUGUUCAUAUUGGAUUGAUAAUAUGACUGUUGGAUGGGGUGUAUGAAAAUA